UUCAUCAGUAUUCAGUUAUUCAUUUUACUUCAUAAAUGUUAUGUACAUCAUAUGCGUUCUGAUCUUAGUAAAUUGAAUUUAGCAUAUAUAAGAAUUAUAUGUGCAUGGUCAGUAUUGUAGGCUCCUAGAGUCGCUGAAAGCCCAACUUAUUUGUUCUUCUGGAAGUGUUCUGGGUCAGUGACAUGUUGACCUCAAAAUGUCUUAAAUGCAUCAACUGCACAAAGAGAUUCAGAGAGAUUUGACCUCAUUAAUUACCAAGAUGGCUUAAGCUGAUCAGAAAUCUGGAUGAAGGAAGUGUGCUUGUUGGGGAUCAGUCUCCACCCCCCUCACCUCUUACCAUCUGGAGGCGAUCCUGAAGAGGCGACGGCUCCAGACCAAAGCAUUCAGUUCAUCACCGGACCCCAAACCCUGUACAUGGUCCCUUAAAGUGCAGAGAGCGUCCCGUUCCCUCCAUUGGCUGCCCCACUGACCGAUAGGGCAAGAUGGCGCGGGAUAUGUCCGAUAAGGACAUCCUUAAAAUGGAGUUGGAACAACUUCAGAAGGAGGUGAAGACCGCCAGAGAGCCUGUUUCUAAAACGGCAAAGGAGAUUUGUGAAUGGGUAGAGGCCCAAUCUGCAGAAGAUCCUCUCAUAAAAGGAGUUCCUGAGGACAAAAACCCCUUUAAGGAGAAGGGUGGAUGCAUAAUAACUUAGCACACGUCAUUUCUUGUGGCAAAAUUAGGUAUUACUUUGAGCAAAUAAGAGCUGUUCCACUAUACAUCAUAGAACAAAUACUUUACCUUACAAAAAGUAAUGGUUUAGGCUGCGUGUAUCUAUUCUUACACUAAGGACUAAGAAAGGGAGCCCUUUUGAAACAAACGUUUUG